AGACGCCUCUGAAGCUAACGUCGCUAACUUCAGUUAACCCACUGCGCUACAUUGCUGCUUAGCAACCGUUGAACUGUCCGUUAGUUGAGCCGUUUGCUUUUCGGUGCACUCGUUUAAGUCAAAAUGUUUAGUGUGCGAAAAAUACAAAUAUCAUGUGACACAUAAAGUCCACAAUAAGUUGCCUAGGUUGUAUUUCCGGGGCAAUUUUGUAACUUGGUCUCAUAACACACCGUGCCACCGAGACAUCCUGCCCUUGCUGUGCUGUCCCCGGCCCCGCUUCCAUGUCCACCGCGGUGCUUAUAGCCGCUGUUGUCGGCGGUGGGGUGCUGCUGCUGAUGCGCCGUUUAUUCCCCCGGCAGAAAGCCGUGAAGCUGCUCCGGUAUCCCGCCGACACCAUGCGAGGGAAGACGGUCAUCGUGACCGGGGCUAACUGCGGGAUAGGGAAGGCCCUGGCCGGGGAGCUGCUGAAGCUCCAAGCCCGGGUCGUCAUGGCCUGUCGGGACCAGCGGAGCGCCGAGGAGGCCGCUAAAGACAUCCAGAAACAGGCGGGACCAACACGGGGGCAGGUGGUCAUCAAACACCUGGACCUCGCUUCUCUCAGAUCAGUCCGGACAUUUUGUGAGGAAAUACGUGAAGAGGAAUCCAAGAUCGACGUGCUCGUCAACAACGCAGGCGUCUACCAGUGUCCCUACACAAAGACAGAGGAUGGUUUUGAGAUGCAGCUAGGUGUGAAUCACCUGGGUCACUUCCUCCUCACUCACCUCCUGCUGGACCUCCUGAAGACCUCGGCUCCCAGCCGCAUCGUCGUGGUUUCCUCUAAGCUCUACAAGUACGGCCACAUCAACUUCGACGACCUGAACAGUGAAAAUAACUACAAUAAGGCUUUCUGCUACAGUCAGAGCAAGCUGGCCAACCUUCUCUUUACACUUGAACUGGCCAGCCAGCUGGAGGGCACGGGGGUCACAGUCAAUGCUCUCACCCCGGGCAUUGUGAGGACCAAACUAGGCAGGCAUGUCAAAAUCCCUUUCCUGGCAAAGCCGCUGUUCUACCUCGCCUCGCUACUCUUUUUCAAGAGUCCAUUGGAGGGGGCCCAGACUCCGCUUUAUCUGUCCUGCUCCCCCGAGGUGGAGGGAGUUUCGGGAAAGUGUUUCGCUAACUGUGAGGAGGAGGAGCUGAUGGCCAAAGCUACAGAUGACCAGGCAGCCAAGAGACUGUGGGACAUAAGCAGGAGGAUGGUCGGGCUCGCUAACUGAGCAGAGUCCUGUUCUGUGGACCGUGCUGGGGAGGACUCGUGUGUUCUUGGAUAAAAUACUUAAUCUCCAGCAAGCCCCACAGACACUGUGAGAGAUGGCUUGUGAAAAGACUGAUUGCCACCUUGGGGAUAUAAUUAUUAAUUGAAUGACGUAUUGUGCCACUGAAGUGUUUAAAUUAAGUGUCUGUGAGCAAGAGUGCAGUGUACAUUGGAGUGGGCUGUUAGGAGAGUGCAUAAAGCUUUGAAUUUAAAAAAAGAUGUGCCCGUAAAAAGAUUUUUCCUUACAUCUACCUGCUCUGCAAUAACCAAAGUCUUCCUCAUGCACAUGUACACGUAAUAAAAAUAAUCUGGUUACCUGUAUACGUGGCCAGUGAAGAUCAUUUAUCCAGGGAAAUUAGGUUUCUCCAAUCCCCAAACCUCGAUUACAGCAAAAGACUAGACAUGAACUUUUUGGCUUCCUAGAAAUACACUCACAUAACAUAAGGAAGGAGGGAAGGAGGAAACAAGGUGCUUGAUGGUAGAUUUUCCUGUCAAAACUACUUUUAAAUCAACCUUUCAGUGCAAACAGAUGUGGAAAUGAUUCCAAAAACUAACUAAUUUACAGUCUCCUGGGAGCCUGCUCAAUCUGGGUAUGUUCUAUACAAAAUCUAGAUAGCGGCUUGCUCUCUUGUCUUUAUGCCUGACCAAGAUUCACACACAUACACACACAUCAAGAUCAAAAGGAAAGUACUGAUCCCCUCAUUGCAUUCAUCAAAGUCAAGCUGAGUUGUCACCUUUUCCUCCACUGUGAGGUCACAUUAUUGCUUGUGCUUGAGCAGGUUGAAAAGCGUAUCCAUUUUCUAGCUCAGCUAUUGUGCUUGAGUGCUAAGUUUGUGCAUACUGUAGCAUGUAUUUUGCAGUGUAAAAGGAGAAGAGGUGGAGGGUAGCUGUUAAUCUAGUUUCCCUCUGUAGAUGUGUUUGAAGUGUAAAUGCAUUCUGCUGUGUCUGGAGGAGACAGAACAAUGAGGUUGACAAUGCAGAUGAGUGAGACUCUGCCACGCUGUGGCUCCCUCCUGUGGAUGGAUUCAGUCUCACAUUAAAGCUCACCUCGAUAAGAAGGAGACACAGCAAUGAUUACUAUGUGAACAUUAAAAUGCAGAAUAAUAAAUGCAUUCUGAAAUGA